GUUAAAGCUCCCUGAACAUAACCAUAUUUUUAUCUGGAUCUUUUUUUCAUAUUUUAUCUUUAAUUGUUUACACUGGUAAUAUGAAGACAUGCUUUGAUCUGAAAUAUAGAGUAACAUGUUGAGAUAAUAAUGUGUAGGUGUUGAAUAUCUUCAGUAAUUGUGUUUUACAUGGGAUUUUUCAUUCAGGUUCCUACAAUAUAGGAUCCGCUCAGCAUAUAUCUCCUGUAUAAGAUCAUCUCCUGAUUGACCCAUCAAGGAUGGAUAGGGAUGGGGACAAGAUGGCAGAGAGUAUAAUAAAUCUCACCCUAGAGAUCCUCCUCCGGCUUACUGGAGAGGAAUACACAGUAGUGAAGAAGACCUCUAGUGACCACUGUCAGGCCCCUGUGUUUGAAGGAUGGAGAAGAACGCCAAGCCCAUUCUCUGGGCCAACACCUCACAUCCCGAUACAUGAGGGAAGAGAGAAGAUCCUAGAGCUCACCAACAAGAUCAUUGAGCUGCUGACUGGAGAGGAGUGGGAGUAUUUAGAAGGACACAAAGAUCUGUACAAAAACGUCAUGAUGGAGGAUCAUUAUCUACCAGUUAAAGAAGAGAGAACAACGCCGGAGAGAUGUCCUAGUCAACAGGAUAAUAAUGUUCCGCAGUAUGAUCAGCUUUUGAACAAUAUUAAGGCUGAAGAUACAUAUGUGAGGAGUGAUGAGCAGAUCAUAGAGGAUAUUCCCACAGAUAACCACCCAGAUGACUGUACCAGGAGUUCAGAGGAACAUCGAACAUCUUCAGAUUUUAAAGCAGGCGAUUAUGGUGUCACAGAAGAUACACAUGAAGCGCAUACCAUUGUCUCAGGUGUACCCUUGAACUUUAAAAGCAAAGAUCUAUCAUCUGAUCUUUUGGAUGGGUUCCGAUCUUCUGAUUCAUCACAGACUGUUAAGCAAAGUGUUCAACUUCAAAGAACUGACACAGGGGAGAAGGCUUUUUUAUGCUCAGAAUGUGGAAAACAUUUUAACCAUGAAUCACAUAUUGUUAUAUAUCAGAACAUUCGCACAGGGGAGAAGACAUAUCCAUGUUCAGAAUGUGGAAAGUGUUUUAAACGUAAAUCACUUCUUGUUAAGCAUCAUAAAAUUCACACAGGGGUGAAGCCAUAUUCAUGCUCAGAAUGUGGGAAAUGUUUUAUCCGUAAAUCACAACUUAUUCUACAUGAGAGAAUUCACACAGGUGAGAAGCCAUUUUCAUGUUCAGAAUGUGGAAAAUGUUUUAGUGAUAAAUCAACACUUGUUGUACAUCAGAGAAUCCACACAGGGGAGAAGCCAUAUACUUGUUUAGAAUGUGGGAAAUGUUUUAACCAGAAAUCAUCUCUUGUUACACAUCAGAGAAUUCACACAGGGGAGAAGCCGUAUUCAUGUUCAGAAUGUGAAAAAUGUUUUAAUCAGAAAGCAGAUCUUCUUAAACAUAUGAGAAUUCACAAAGUGAAGAAGUCAUUUUAAUGUACAGGAUGUGGUAAAUGCGUUUAACCAUUCAAGCAGAUCUUGUUACACAUCAGAGAAAUCACACAGGUGCGAAGCCUCUUCCAUGUUCAAAAUGUGAGCCAGGUAAUAAAAUUCAGUCAAGUGUUAUCACACAUCAGAGAAUUCACACUACUGGUGAAGCCAUUUUCUCUUCUGGA